AUGGGGCUCUCCGACAAAUGUGCUUCUGCCACAGCUCCUCCACAGCUAGACGUGACAGUUGAAACUUGCUUGGAAGACAGCUUCGCCUUGGGCAAAACUUACAUUAUUCCUUUGCAGUGCAGCUGCCCUGUGGACUUUGAGUUCCAGGUCACUCUGAUCCAGUCUCACCAAGCCUUUGUUAUUGAGCCAACAUCAGGAAUAAUUCCGGCUAAUGGGAAGAUGGAUGUGACCAUAAAGUUCACCCCCUUUCAGUAUGGCACUGCACAAAUCAAAAUGCAGUUACGGAUUUCACAGUUCAACUCUCAGCCGUAUGAAUGCAUCUUCACCGGGACGUGCUAUCCCAACCUGGCCCUACCAUUGAAAGAAUUUGAAAGAUUAAAUACUCUUUCUAAGAAGGGAAGCGUUCCUCCAGAAAAAACAAUGAGACAUAUAUGCUUUCACCAGCUACCAGCGAAGAGAGCCCCUCCAAAGAUGAAGGAAAUUGAGUACCAGAACCUGAGAUUCCCAGUCAAUCUAUCAAACCCAUUUGCCGUGGCUACGGUUUUAAACCAAGAACCAGGAAAACUGAGGAUUAAAGAAUUAAGAGAAGUUUUGGACCAAGGCACCGAGACGUCAAAAACAAGACAGAUGAAGGAGGCGCUCUUUGAACAGAAAGUCAGACAAGAUGCUUACGAAGAGAUGGAAAAUCACCUUAAGUGGCAGGUGCACCUUGGGAAGGAUCCUAUGUCCUUUAAAUAUAGAAAGGAGCUUACUGAGGAGCAGCAAAGAAUAUACACCAACUAUAAGCUAGAAAGAGGAGAUCCUAUAUUGGAAGAGGAAUUUCAGCGACUCAAGACAGAAGUUAACGAUAAACGGGUCAUUCGCAGCCUGGAAGAGAAUAUCAUAGAUUUGCAGCCUAAUUUUGAUCCACUCGUUAAUAAUAAUUGGAUCGACAGGUUCAGGGCACAAAGACGAUUUCAACAAGCAGCAUGCAAGAUCAUGCUGCAGCAACGGUUACUCAAAACACUAACUGCUCUCCGUAAAAUAGACAAAGAGAGUAUACUACGCGAUCUCUAUCAAGUAAGGCAAUCAUUAGCGCAAGACAAGCAUCCCUGCAGGUACCUUCAGUCAGGAACCAGUCAGGAGGAUUUCUCUUGCCAGUUCUCAGUGUCACCCAAGGAAGUGCUGCCCUUCACCUUCCCGUCCUACAACCCUCCCCAGGACUCCAACGAACUGGCUCCUGAUGGUAUUGGAUUGGUCCCAAUUAAGCCUUUGGAUGUACAGAUCAAGCAGAGUUAUUCUUUCUUCAAUUUGAAGGUUCCUCAGCUGUACAAAAUUAAGGGAUACCAGCCAUUCUCUAUCCAUGAGUCUUCAACAAGUUACAAAUCUCAAAAGCUCAGACGGCCCCUGAAGCAAGGAGCUGAGGAUGAAGUCACCACCAUCAUAGCACUUCCAAAGCAGAGCUCAACCUCUCCACUCUCUGGCAAGCCCUCAAUCUUGAGCAUGAAGCCACCUGAGAACUUGGGCAUGUCCCCGGACUAUGACCCACUAUAUAUCUUUAAUCCCAACCCGGGCUUAUUUGCCGUGAAGCACCCCCUGACCUACUCAGAAACGCUGAUAGAUUACCACCUGUGUACCCAUCCCAAGUACAAGUUCACCCACGAGGUGCACUGUGGCUCCAGCAUCCCUCUCACCCAGAAGCAGUUUCUCCAUCACACGGACAUUAUUCCUGGAAUCAUGCACUGGAAGAGAUUCCAAUCCCUGGCACUCUCAGCCCUGCCUGACCCGUCGAAGACAGAGACUACCCACAGCUGCGACUCCUAUAACCCCAUCAUGCUUCCUGUAGACGUCCCUGCCCCUCUGGAUGCCUUACCAGAAGAAGACAGACUGGAGGUUGUUGAAAGUGAGCUCUAUGAACACAGUACAGAAGUUAUGUUGACUCCAGAAAUGAUCCAAGCGGAAUUCUUCGUGCUGGACCACAAAGACACCAAGAAGUAAAGAAGUGAAAGACCAAACACAACCAGCAGAGAAGGCAGGAGAAAAGGUGCUUGAGGAGAUGAAGAAUCUGCAGAGCA